CAGUUUAAAAAUCGAAUUCAUUGUUUGUUUUUCGCACACACUUCCAAGCCACCCGCUGCAUGCAGCGAGAAAGUCAAAUACGGAUAGCCAAUGACUGCAAAUGGAUAGGACGAACCGGAAUCAUAACUGAUUAAAUAUUCCAUCUUGAUAUUAUUCCAUUUGCCUAAAACUGUGAUGAACACUCAAAGAACUGUCAGUUGCAUUGCCGUCGCUUUCGGUUUCCAACGAAACCAGAUUUAUGUCCCCGGCAUUUUUAGUUGAGCAUCUUAGCAAAAAAUGCGGCGUGAUCAUGAGGUAGAAACCGUCAAGCUGUGGAAUGCCCAGAGUAAAGCGUUUGCAAUAGCCGUUGCAUUACUAGGUAAGCUAUGGUUAAUGACCUAUAACUUGUAGCACUGAUCAUGAAAUGCUUUUUUCUCGUCGACAUAUAAGGUACUAUUAACUAUAACACUCAAAACUUGUGUGAGCCUCUUGCUGAGACACAAUUCCAACAGCUCUAUGUUGCGUGGUAUACAGCUUCCACCUUCUAGAUAACAUCCAUUUUUCUUUGUACACUAGCUGGAAGCGCUUAAAAGUUAAUUGCCCACUUUAAUUCAUUACGAGGUUUUGCAAUGAUAAAAAUGCUGUGUGGUUCGCUCUUGAUUUCAGACUAUUUGCCUAGUUUAUAAAAACAACAUUAAUGAAAAAUUUUAUAACUUCAAUUUUUUUUCGUUCUGAAUUAAUUUACAGACAUCUAUGACGUUUACGUACAAUGGGUGGAUUACACUUAACUAGAGUAAUUUUCACCAACGUUUUUCACCACUUUUUCUGUUGAGGUAAAUUUGUUAAUAAAUCCCUCACUCUUCGUACACUCUCAAUCGUGCCUGUAUUACAUAACACAAAAACCGCCCAAAUUGCCAUUGUACUCAUAAAACCUAACUCACUGCUUGUGCGAACACAACUUAGGUUAAUUAGCUAGGUUCUACAUAAUUUAUAAAUUCAUUUUUUCCCACAAUAUGCUAAGUCUAGAGUUUCCUUUUUUCUUCGCUAAUGUCUGUUUGCACAUACAGUAUGAUUUCGUUAUGUCGGAUCAAAAUUUUAUUUUAACAUUUUUAGUAUUGGCUUUGCGGGUUAUUGCUCGUUUCAGUUAUGAUGUUGUAAACCGAUGAAAUGAGAGAUGACUUGGCAAUAUAACUUCUGCAACAGACCAUGAAUUGUGACGUUGUAAAGGCAAGAAAACUGUCCCAUUUCCCAUCGCCUUCCCUUCAGGGUCUGGAAGAAGGGCCCUAAUCCUGUAUUUCCCCUUCUUUUUUGACGACUGAUUCCGCAUCCCGAAUUUCUGUCAAAAUACCGGUUUGUUUGCCAAAACCGUAUCCCGAGCCAAAACUUUGGCGAAUCUCUCUUCCAGGCUAGCGGUCAAUUCCCGUAUCCCGUCAAAAAAAUUUUGUUUAUUCCCCGAAUUCUGCACAGUAUUUUGGUCAAAUCCAGUAUCCCGAAAAGACUCUUCUAGACGAAAAAAUGGGUCGCUCAGUCACAAAACCAUGCAGCCUGGUAUAAAAAAAUCUCUUCUGUAAAGAAAUGAUGUUUUAAAAAAUAAAGAUUCUUGCCAGUUUUCUUUUUUGUUUUCUAAAAAUAAGGGGUUUGUCUCCGAUAAGAAAAGAAACAUUUCAGUAAUGAACACUGCCAAAUGAAACCGAAAUGUAAAUCUACUGCGAAAAAAUAUCAACAUCGUUCAUGUAAGGGAAUCCGGACUCCGUUCCGCCUGGAAAUUUUAAUCUGGAAUCCUGGGAUUUGUAUAUUUGUAUACCAUGAUUUGUAGUGAUAUUUGGCAUAAACACUACUAGUGAUAUUUCGAAAUUGAAAUUACUUUUCACGAGUGGUAUUUAUGCCAAAUAUCACGUACAAAUCAUGCUAUUAUUUGUUUACAUACUAAGUACCAGCAAAAGGUUUGUAAUUUUCACACGUAGGUUUUUCAAAUUAAGCUGAAAUACCACUGCCCUAAGCCAAUCAAAUUGCAGAAAUUUCUCAUGUAGUUAGUAUUAAUAGCAUGAUUUGUAGUAAUAUUUGGCAUAAACACCACGAGUGAUAUUUCGAAAUUGUUAUACGUAAUUUCACGAGCUGUUAGGCGAGUGAAAUUUGAGACAAUUUUGAAAUAUCACAAGUGGUAUUUAUGCCAAAUAUCACGUACAAAUCAUGCCAUUAUUUGUUUAUACUACUACCCGCAAAGGUUUUGUAAUUUUCACCCACCUAACCGUGGCAGGAUUAGCUCAGUCGGUAGAGCGUUUGACUGCAGAGCGGGAGGUCGCGGGUUCGAUUCCCGGGGCCCGACUUUUACUCAGGGUCUUAAAAUGACUGAGAAAUGAAGGUAAUUCCUUUGCACUGCAAGCGGCUAAACCAUCGCGUGGCUCGGAUGACCACGUAAAAAUGGCGGUCCGUCUCCAUUAGGAGACGUAAAAAUAGUGUCCCCAAUUAGCACUUUCGUGCUAAAUACAUUGACACUCGAAUAAAAAGUGCAUGUAGGUUUCUCAAAUUAGGCUGAAAUACCACUGCUCUAAGCCAAUCAAAUUGCAGAAAUUUCUCAUGUAGUAGUAUAAGAAAUCCGGAAUACAGUUCUUGGAAUCGGAAAUCCCACCAACUGAAAAUUGGAAUCCGGAAUCCAAGUUCCACUGACAAAAAAUCAGGAACCCGGUACCUAAAAAACGGAAUCCACGGCGUGGAAUCCAGAAUGCAAGACAGUCGUGGGUUCUCUUGCAUGAGCAAAAAAUAUCAGAAGAGAACUAGAGACACACCUUUUGGGAGUGACUUUGUAGAGGCUGGGAAACAGAGAAAAAUGCCAACUGAGCAACUAAAUGAAAAGUGACCGUUUCUUUUUCAGGACUAAUUCUGAUCAUUGGGGUUAUCGGUAAUGGAGUUGUGGCAGCAGUUAUCACUGCUUUACGUCGGCGAGGCCACAAAAACUCUGUUCAGCUGUUUCUUCUCCACUUAGCAAUCUCGGAUCUGAUGGUGUGCCUGCUGUGUAUUCCACUGACCAUCUUCACCAAUUUUUACUACCCUCAAAAAUAUCUCAAGGACCGUGAGGGCCUCUGCAAGCUGUCGAGGUUUAUGCAGGUAAGGAAGGACGGAGGUUUUACGGUAACGUUAUGUUACCAAGUCACUUGAUAAUCAGAAUUCGAAGUUGUUGUUUGGUUCAGUUUCCAAAUUUUCAAGUGAUGAACUGGAGAGGGCAAGGGGUGGGGGUGGGGAAAGACGUGGACACCAAGGGAGACCUAGACUACGAGUAGUCCCCCAUUUUUCCUCAGGUAUAGUAAAACGAGCGAAACGCGAGCGCGCGUGAAAAUCACCCCACGCGAGAAAAGGCGACACGCGGCGGGGAGAGAGAAAAAUGAGGGACUACAGACAAAGCCUGAGUAUCUGGUUUUAUUGGAUGCCGCUUGAUUGAGUUUGUACUUAAGCCAGCUCUACAAAAUAAGCAGUAACACUCUAAAUGAUACUUUCUAAUAGUCUACGUUUUGAGACGAAACUAAAAAUAAGUUUAUAAACAGAGUUAUUAUGACGGUUGUUUUUUUACAUUCUUUGCAGCAUCUGGGCCCAGUCAUCUCUGUGAGUCUUCUCACAGCAAUAAGUAUCGAUCGGUACCUAACAUUGGUAAAGCAAGAGCUAUCUUGUGCUCAAAGAUCUUGGUACUUGAGACCAUCCUGGUUGAUUCUUUUUGCAUGGGUUUACGGGACAGCUCAAACUCUCCCUGUCUUUCACUCAGCCGAUGUCGUUCCAAUUGAUUUUAAAAACAGCACUAUCUACUACUGCACUACUACCCAAGGUCAUUCACUGUCGAGAAGGAUAUACCUGGCCGCGUCAGUAUUACUUGGAUUUAUUAUCCCCUUGGCAACGAUGUCCGUCUCGUAUUAUCGUGUGAUAAGAGUAGUAUGGACCAGAAAUCGUAGACUAUCGACCGCCGGGUCUCCUACAUCUGAUGCAACAAUUACCAACGGAAAUCUCUUGCUGCGCUCGAGGAAGAGAGUUCUUCGCGUUUUGUUAAUUGUUGUGGUUUGUUUUGUAAUUUGCUGGCUCCCGUUUGCCGUUUACCACGGAAUCUUAGAGCAACACAUCAAGAAAUCACCAAAUCCUAUGGACACAGUACGACUCAUUGCAUACGGACUGGGGCUUGCAAACUCGAUCUGCAACCCUUUCAUCUAUUAUUUUAACGUUGGAGGGAAGUCAUUUCGCUCCAUGAAAAGAAGCUUCCUCGAGGUAAUGGGAGGUAAAAUAUCACCACCACGGGGUGUGGAAAUGAACGCUCCUAUUUCAAGGUCGGCGCAUGCGAACCCAGGAACUGCGUUGCAAUUAGGAUUUCAUUCAACUAGCAACGCGCAGAAUUAUGAUCAUCAUAAACAGACACAUACAGUUUAUAAUAAUUCAAACGGAUGCAAGUUUUCUGAGAAUGCUCUUGGUUUACAAAAAGACACGUCGGAGGAUACUAAGUUGUGAUUGGUAAUGUCCCGCGGUCGUAGGAUCAGACUGUAUUCGCCACCAUUCCUAGUAAAUUUUCGCAAAGACUUUUGGGACUGUAGGAAAGUCAGGGAAAAAAUUUGGCAAAUAGCUGACCGGCGCGUCCCCAGUGGCGAUACCAGAAACAAUUGCGGGACGUAUUUCGGUCCCAGUUCUUAACUCGUCUCUAAAGCGGCGUAUUAGGGAUGAAAAAGAAGAUCAUUUUAAUAAAGGGGCAAGUGCCACUUAUGGUUUGGCCUUAUUUUCUGAUCGAGCUUCGGCUACUCUCGGAAAAUGUUUGAUAACUAGUUUAAACCUUUGAAAUGAAAUCAUGACCUUCGCAGUUAUUAUAGUAAUUUAAGCAAUUGUAAAUUAACCCGCAAAAACAUUUCAGGGCUUCAGCGGGAUUCGGGAUUUCAGUGGUUUAACUCAUUAAAUACCUUGGUAUCUGAGGAUUUGUUUCUCGCGUGCGGCUUGAUGCUUCGGUUCAGGGUUCAAUGUCCUAUUUUCACUUCCAAGAAGAGGUUCGGGUGUAUGAAUUAAGCGACGACUUUCGCAGCACGUUAUAUUAUAAUGUUCAUACUACGAGUCAAACAAUUUUUUAUCGUAUGAUUUAUUAAAGAACAGGUCACGAAAUACACAUUGAAUUAUUCUGAAUACAUCAUUCACAAUACACGAUCUUUCUCUCUUUUAUUCCUUUCAUCACAGUACCGAUACGCACCUGCUGAUCUUACGGGCAUACAGAAUCCCAAACCUUCGAAACACCAUGUAUUCAUAAUGUACAACGGUACAAUGGUAAAGUUUGUGGGAACAAACCAGCUCGACCUUUUAACUGUCUUAGAAUUUAAUUGCUUAGUUCGGACAAUCAGAACUUGAAUUACACCGCUUGAACUACUAUGUACAUUUAAUUAACUUUUAAAGCGCAUAUCUUACCUUUUUUAAAACAACACAGCAUCACCCAAUACCGAAAAAAGUUUAGUUCAGCUUAGACAGGACCUAACUUCCCGCUUUCCAAAAACGGCAGCAAUGAAUUGCUUCAACUCGAGCUUCACCCUUCAAUCGACACUCGCGUAAGUGAUGCAUAAUAAAGAAUGUCAAAGAAACUGAACUUAAUCUUCAAUAUGAAGUCUUGAUUUCACAUUUCAAAAGGCAUGCCAUUAAGGUAAGAGUGAACAAAAUGACUGGCAUUAUGAACAAAUGGACUGAAAAAAAAAAAGAAAAAAAAAAGGAAAGAUAGGGCACAGGGGAUACGGGACAUUCUUAAAAUGUAGUCUGCAAGUUGCCUAGCCCCUGUAAGGCGUUUUCCCAGUCUCUCUCGGUCAAUUCACCUCGGUGACGUAUCUGUUUGGCGGCGCGGAAUAAUGAGACCUAGGAACUAGGCAAGCCUGCAAGCAAGCUCUCCAAUUAAAAGCGCACUCGCGUCUCCUUUCGCGUGGGGUCCUCGCGUAAAUUCACGCUAUUCCACCAAAAUGCAGAACUAGCUCGCAGGCUAUCCCAAAUGUUGCCUGUGGCAAAAAACAGGUUGGUCGCCAAUAUUGAAGGCCAAAUUAUUAAUAUUCUCUAAAAGUAAUUACAAGCAAAUGUAAUAAACUCCAAUAUACGAUAUAAUUAAUAUUUACGUAAUUCUCUAAACGAGACUGCAAAACAUUUGUCUUUUUUUCUGUCUUAAACUUGCUUCUCUAAAGGCGUGAGGCACCAAAACUGCUGAUCAUAGGCUCUUCACUUCCGUUUUAUACACUCGUCCCUGAUAUUUGAUUCCGUGGCGCUUAUUGCUAGUGGACCUUCUGACAAAACUUUUGCUUAUGGAAAAGAGGACAGUUCGGUUUGCAAAGACUUCAAAUGCUCCAGUACAGGCAUAAGCAAGUGUUUACUACUUCCUACAACUUUGACUUUAAAAGCAAAAGAAGCAUAUGGAGACUAG